UUCUCGGCACGUUCGGUGAUCGAGGAGGACAAGGUGACUCGCUCAUGAAUACGCGACCGUCGCCAGAAUGCGUCGAUAGAUCGACGACCGUCUGACUUCCGUCUCUGCCGCGACCUUUUCGAAACUCGGAUUGCGAUCGCUCGACAAAAUCCACUCGAUCGUCGAAUACUUUGCAAAUCGGUACCCAGCAAAAGAGUGACGCGAAAUAGGAUACCUCAGUUUCUCUAAUGAUGAAAUUACUGGCAGGAGUGGAAGAAGUAAACGACCAAAAAGAAAAUGUGUCCGACGAUGAUCAGCCACACAACAACAAUCAUGAGAUACAAGCAACGGCGGAGUUCGCGCAGGAGACGAUCAAGCUGCUCACCGGCGAGGUGUACCGCAGAGCCUCCAAGAAACUGGAAGAGUCGCCUAUCAAAGCUAAAGUAACGCUGGAAGAUGAAGAGAAAAUGAGGCGACUUCUCACUUACGAGGAAGCUCCUGAAUAUCUUCAACACAAUCCUUACAUCCUCCAUGGAUAUCGAGGAUAUCUCACUACAAAAUUAUGCGUCGAAAGUAUAUUCUGGUGGACGAACGAAACAGUAAACAUAUGGAGUCACAUAUUUGGAUGGAUGUUAUUCUUCGGUUUAACGCUAUACGAUCUUUGUCUACUGAAUAUCCACGCACCGAUGGGCGACAAAAUAAUCGUAGCCCUUUUGUUAAUUUGUUUCCAGGCCUGCAUGAUAUUGUCGUCGGUGUAUCACACGUUUUCCUGCAGAAGCGAGAAAGAUUAUUGGUGUUUCUUAUCGUUUGAUUUGUUUGGGAUUGCUUUGAGCCUUCUGUCGAUAUACAUGUCCGGAGUUUACUACGCAUUUUGGUGUCAUAAGGAAUUGCAGAGCUUUUAUUUAAUAACCGUGCUGGCAAUUUUUGUGUUCGCAAUGGUACUGCAAAUACCAAGACUGAACGUCAAUGGAAACGUCAAGCUAGUCGUUUUUGUCGCAUGGGCAGCAUAUGGAGUACUGCCAACGCUGCAUUGGAGCAUUGCUAUGGGCGGUAUGGACAACCCGAUCGUUAGAAUGUUGCUCCCGAGGGUACUAGGAAUGUAUGUCAUUAGCGGUGGAGCAUUUGCCAUUUAUGUGACCAAAAUACCGGAACGCUUUUAUCCAGGAUGGGUGGAUUACAUCGGUUCCUCUCAUCAAUGGUGGCACGCGCUGGUGGUAUUGGCUCUUUAUUAUUGGCAUAACACUGGGAUGCUGUACGUGGAAUACAGAAUGAACCACGGCUGCCCGAGCAACAUAAAAUUAUUAUGACAAGCGGGGUCUGACGACCAUUUAGGCCAUGGAUUUAUUAUGGAAUGUGCUUGCGCUAUGGAAUUCAAUGUUUGGUCGUCAGAUUAUUAUAAGAAGCUGCCGUUUUAUGCCAUCGAUAGGAAAACAACUUGCACAAUCGAGAAUCCAUUGCGUGCGUAUCUGCAGCAGCAAGCGCUAUAGUUCUAUACAAUGUGAAAUAAUUAAUUUCAAACGACUAUCUGUGAAAAACUCUGCGAAUGGCGCCGCGUCCUGUGUGCCCAAUAUUUUUAACAAUCCAAAGUGAACGUCACUUUUCAGCAGUGUUGAGCAAAAUGUAAUAAGAUUAACAAUUAUGAUUAUCAAUUAUGGCCCAACUCUGCCAUAACAAACGUCUAUUUUAAAACACAGGAAGCAGAAAGAUAUUUGCUGUUAUAUUGCUUAUAAUUUGUUUCGCUAAAAAUUACGUAACGCGUGAAAUUUAUUACAUAAAUCUAUGUACAGUGCGGCGCCAUUUCUUUGAAAACUUCUAACGCGUCCUGGCAUUAACAACGUUUAUUUAUUUCGUAUUUUUAAGCUUUAAAUAGGUUUAUCUCUUUUCCUUUUACUUUAAUUUUGUAACAAACAAUCUCUUUAAGGACUCAUUCUCAUUUCCGUUAGUAGAUUUAUACCGUCGAGAUCAGACCUGGGCAAAUGUUGUUUGGGACAAAAAUGAGAAAUAUCGAUUUAUUUAGAACAAUAGAAAUAUUUCUUUUUCGUUUCAAGUACUGUUAAGACAAUGUUUGUUAAAACAAGACAUUUUAAUGUAUGAGUCACUCGAAACUUGAAUUCAUCGAUUCCACUUUUCGUAAUACAAAAUUAUUGGUUUUUUUAUAUAGAAACAACCGUGAAAUAAAAUAACAUUUUAUUUGUAACGUUCAAAAGUGUCCAGUUCUGGUCAACGCACACUCGAUUCUGAGAAUCGAGUUACGAUCUCGCUACCCUCACAUUGUAAUCGUUCGAAUUUUAUUUCAAUAAGACAAGUACGAUCGUAAAUAAUUAGCAAAAAAUUUGUUAUCGUACGACGGAUUAUGUUUAAGUCGAAGAAUUCUAUUGAAAUUCUAUUCACAAAUGUUUACACAGAUAGCGAGAGCAGCAAUAUUUAUACGCACUUUGCACAAUAAUUUUUUUUAGCAAAUUAUUGUUCUUUAACGGCACUGUAGGAACGGAAAAAUCUGUGCAGGUAUUUGAUAAUAGCGCUAUAAUGUAAUAAAACAUUCAUAAUAUACCGAAGGUUAUAAACUUCCUGUCUACUCGGUGCCUUGGAAAGUUUGUGAAUAAAGUGAUCGAACACGUUAAACGCUAUGAAAUAUAUACAGGGUGUUCGGCCACCCCUGGGAAAAAUUUUAAUGGGGGAUACUCGGGGCCAAAAUAAGACGAAAAUCAAGAAUACCAAUUUGUUGAUGGAG